AUAGUUAUAUGUUUACGCAUAUUUUAAUGAGGCUUAGUUUUGUGUUCUUUGUCAAGUAGUUCAGUCCAAUUCUGGCGGACUUAUUCAUAACCUUUGGAUGAAGUGUUAUGUGGAAAAUAAAAGAUAUUAUUCUAUUUCCGAUUUUUGGGGUUCAUUUCAUUAUCAGUGGAUUGAGAUAUGAUCGCUUUUCUACAUUGUGUCACCAUGGUGUGAUAAAUCACUCUGAAGUUGUAACUCAUGUGGUGUCUUCGGAUGUGCAAAAACUUAUUCGUCGUAAUUCACAAACAGAAUUAAGAAUUCAUACCCAUUAUGAUAGGUCAAUUAAAUCUCUCAAAAAUUUCCAGGAUAUUAAGAGAGAUGUAAUUGAAGUAGCAAUUGAGUUUUGGGAAGAUGCUCUACUGUUACGUCAGUCUCAUACCGUGCCCAGAAGAUUAACACUUGACAGAGUUUGUGUUGAUGGUGCUACAAAGUUGAUGACUUUUGAUAAUCAACUCUUGACAUUUUGUGUCAAUGGUUGUGUGGAAUGGACAAAAUGUGGACCUAUAAACAUUCCAGUGUCACAUUUAAAUCAGUGCAGGUUUAUUUAUAAUGGAACCUCAAUGAUUUCAGGUCGCAAGGGCGAAGGUAUAUACCGUGCCAACUUCAUACUCUAUAUUUCAUCGCUUAGAACACAUAGAUGUAAUACUGCAAAAGUCCUAGGUUAUGCUGCACACUGUCAGCUAGAAGCUAAUACUGAUCGCCCUAUGGCUGGCUACAUCAAUUUCUGUCCUGAUACAUUAAGUAAUGAAUAUAACGAUAAAAUGCGUUCACUGUUUGUUGCUACGCAUGAAAUAUUACAUUCACUAGGAUUCUCUACAAGUUUGUUUGCAUUCUACAGAGAUAAACAAAAUCGACCAUUAACACCACGUGAUCCAAUAACAUUUAAACCUGCACUAGGCUGGUAUUCAGGAAAGAACGGUCAAGUAUACCAGUGGAGUGACAAUGUGGUUCGAUCGGUUAAUCGUACUUGGUUAAGUGCUUUUGGAACUUUUCAAAAAUUAGCGCACAUUGUGGUUUUACCGACUGUUGUACGUAUCGCCAGAUCAUUCUACAACUGUCCGAAUCUUGAUGGUGUCGAGUUAGAAGAUGAGGAUGAUGCAGGAGUGUAUCUAACACACUGGGAGAAACGCCUUUUAGAGAAUGAUUUAAUGACGGCAACAUACACAAAUUCUUUUCGAAUUUCACCGAUUACUCUGGCAAUGAUGGAGGAUACCGGCUGGUACAUCCCAAACUAUGCAUUAUCUCAGUCUUUCAGUUGGGGUAGAGGUCGAGGAUGUACCUUUGCUACUGGCAGUUGUUUAGAAUACAUGCUAGAACAAAGUCGUGGUGGUCAUCCAAUUGCACCGUUUUGUCAACAGUUAACUUCAAGCUUUCACAACAAAAAUAAUGGAUUACAGGUUAGCUGUACACCUGGUGAAGAAAGUUAUGGAUUUUGUAACCUAAUUGAAUAUUCCAAACCAUUGCCUGAUGAAUAUGUAUAUUUCGUUAAUACAAAUUUCUCGACUGUUACAUUGAAUUCUGAAAUCAAUCUAGGUACUGGAAACUUAACUAAUCAGUAUCCUUUGGUUAAAUUAGGAGGAAAAAUAGCUUUGGCUAAUUACUGUCCAUAUCAUCAGGAAAUUGAAUGGGAAGAUGAUGUAGGAAAAUCAAUUGCUAAUACUCAUUGUCAUGCAUCAACUAAUUUGAAAGAUCCACAUCACAACUUUAAACUUGAACGAUUUGGUAUGGAUUCUGUUUGUGUAGAGCAUAGUCCCAACUGGUAUUUAAUUAAUGGAGAUUCCUUAUUUGUUCCGCCAGUGGAAGGAGCUGGAUGUUACACAGUAUGAUUUGAAAAAUUUCCCCCAUGAUUAUGUCUAGCGCGCUUAACCUUCUGAACACUGUAGAACAGCAAAAGACCUCGUUUUCAGUUUUACCUUUGUUCAUUCAGUAUAUGAAAUCACUUUGUAACUAUUCUUUAUUGAAGUGCAAAGCAUUUGUUUCAUAUAUAUUACUGCAAUAUUAUGAUAGUCACUUUCUUAUUUUAUCUAAUGCGUCACACUGGUGAAGAACAUGUCUAAGAUACUGAAAAAUUUCAUACGUCCUUUGUAACCUAUGAGUUUUCUAGCUAUUUAGUAAGAUUUUCAUAUUCUAUAAAAGUAUUCAUGUGAAGCCUAAUAAUUAUUUCUGUACCAAAAUUAUUGGUUCCUAUUAAGAAUGUAUCAUAAAUAUACGUAUCUUUAUCUUCUUCAAAAUCUAUCAUAAGCAUAGUUCAUUUAAACUGUUCACAAAGUUAAUAUGAAAAUGGAACACUAAAAUCCUUCUGAGAUCACUCCAUAUUAAUUCUUUCUUGUUUAAUCACUUCGAUCUUAUUUAUAAACUUUCAUAAUUCUUAUUUAGCUUACUCUUUGUCCGUCAUAUUCUACAUUGAGCUGUAUUCUUAUUUAGACAGUGUUUUUGAUUAAUUUUCCCAUUUCUGAGAGCAACGACCACCUUUUUAUCGUAUUUAUAAUUUAAAAGAUUUGAUUUUUGUUUAGUUUUUACUUAAUUUUUUAGACAAUUUUUGGCUUCUAGUGCAAACUAAUGACAGUCGAAGAUUUAUUUCAAACUUGAGGAUGCCGUAAACUUUCCCAUCUUAUUCUAGGACUGUCAAGCACCUAUAAUAAUCUCAUAGAAGUUAAUUAUAGUCAGUUUAUCGAUAGGCCAAAGAUCAUUAAAUUUAGUGGUUAAUAAAUGUAGGAGAGAAGUUGUAUGUAUUUGGUUAGUAGAUUAUUAAAAUUUGUUAGUAAGUUUUAAAAAGUUAUAACCAUAGUCAUUCUUUAAAACAUAUUUUUAUAGUUUACGAAUAUUUGUCGCCCUCUCUUAAAUAUUUAAAUACAUAUUCUAAAUGAAGAAUCACGAACACUUUUAAAACCGUAGUUUCCUAUUAUCUUUCUUACAAACGUUAUCAUUAGGUAUACGUAUAAUUUUUUUUCCAAAAAAUUUCAGUUCCGAUGUUCAAUGACUGAAGGUGGUUUGAUUUUAGAACUUGCUGGAGGUAUGUCGAUUCCUUGUGAAGUACCAGGAGAACUUAGUGAAAUUAACGCUUGUUUAACAAAACAAAGUCUUACUGUGAAAGGAAAACUUGUAUGUCCUGAUUGCAGAUUACUAUGUCCAUUAUCGGAGUGUCCGAAAAUCUAUUCCAUUUCACAAAACAAUGUAACAUAUCUCAGAUCAAACUACUCCAACGAUCGUUCGUCUUCGUUUUUGUAUGAAACCAAUAUGUUUAUACCUAAAUCACGUACUAUACAGUAUUCUCAGUUAAUUGUUAAUGAAACUGAGUCUAUUGUUGAAAAUCCAUUAUAUAUUGUUGAAAAUUCUAAAAAUUCUAAAGGUAUUGUAAUACAACAAGCUAUUCUACCUGGUGCAUGUUUAUUUAAUAUAGCUUACUCAUCUACUUCUCUAACUUUUUCAAUAUUCAUAUACUUUGUAGUGUUUGUUCAAUUAUUCUGUUUAUAAAAUGCCUUAUUCUUUAUAUGCCCACAAAAAUAUUUCCUACCCAGUUAUAAUUCAUACUUCAUUUCGUUAUGCUUAUAAGUUCUUUUCACAUCACAAGAUCAUAAUUAAUUUUUUUUUUCCAAAAUAAAAUUAAUAAAAAGUAACAAAAUGCAUUUUCAAUUUUAAAACAUUCAAGAAUACUUGUUUAAAGUUG